AGAGUUAUCUAACUUGUUUUAAAAUAUGUCACGAUGUACAGGAUUUGUCACUAGUUGAACAAUUUUCGGGGGAAGUCUACAGAACUCCAUACAUUCAUGCAUUUUCUGGCAGCUUUCAAAAUGGAGAUAUCAUUAUAAAUGAGCUUGUUUGGGCGGAUUGGAGACUUAGGCAAUUUGAGGAGUUUUAUUUUGAUGAAUUAGCACUGGUACACUUGUUGAACAUGGCCAGUGAAGCUGUGGAUGAGUCUAGAUUUCUGGUACAUGAAGGACCAAAGCCAGGAGUAUCUUAUCCACUUCAUGUAGAUUAUUGUCCAGAAUGCUCAAUGCCAUUUGAGUAUUGUGAAAACGGUCCUUCAUUUGACAAGUGCAAGAAGUGGUUACAGGAUAAUCUACCAGAGGAGUUUGAAAGGUUGCAUGUUGGUGAAGGUGAUGAAGGCAAAGAAGGAGAAGAAAAGAAAAGACAAAAGCGUGGAGGUAGAGGAGUACCUAAAUCAAGAAAAAAGGCAGCUGCACCCCAGAGUGUCUGUUUAUCUAGAGCAUCCAGAGGGAAGAAAAAAUAUGUGACUGUGGUGACUGGUCUUGCCACAUAUGAGAUCGACCUUAAGGAUGCCAGCAAAUGUUUUGGCAGCAAAUUUGCCUGUGGAUCAUCAGUAACAGGAGAUGAUGAAAUAGUCAUCCAAGGAGAUGUAAAAGAUGAAUUGUUCGAUUUCAUUACAGAAAAGUGGCCCCAGAUAUCUGAAGAUAACAUAGAUGAUCUGGGAGAUUUGAAGAGAUGAAGAUAUGUUUAAAUACAGGACAUUGUUUAAUGUUAAAAACAUGCACCAAGUCAGUUAUGAAUUGUGUACUACAGCUCUUAAUAAAGGCCCAUGGCCUUGUAUGUCUUUUCA